AAUUUCUUUGAAACCUCCAUUUCCUUCUCAGCACUUCGGUUUCAUUUCUGUCCAUUACGUCGGUGUAUAUUUAUUGCUUUAACAUUUCAAACACAAGUGAUACAGCUGCAGUGGUAUAUGUGAACGAGUAGAAAUUAGAAUCUUCCGUUCUCGAAGAUCAUCAAGUUGUCUCCUCUUAUUAUUGUAUCUCUCUCUCUCUCUCUGUUUCCCUGCUUCUCUCGUUUGUUCCUUCGCUGUCACUGUUGCGGCAUUAUUAGAUACAACAACUACUGACUGCUACUUAAUUAGCAAUGCUACUCUAACUUCUACACCUCCUCUUCCCAGCACCACCUUCACCACCACCACCACCACUACCGUACUAACCAAUUACCAUCAAGACUUCCUCUACUUUCAUCUUGUAUCUGUUUUGUUGCCAGUCAGUCACAAGACCGAAGUUCGGACGGGGCAUGGAACCUCGCGGAUUAUUCUAGAGAGAUGUAAAAGACAAAAAAAAAAAAAUACCAACAACAACAAAACAAUAACCAUUUUCACGUUGCUUUGAGCUGUGAUCAUGUAAUGGUAGCUGCCUGAUACUAUUGUUUUCUGAAGAACUCCUAACUCCAUACUGAACCACUCUACUGCUGAUAGAUCUCAUAACAUCAAGCAGUCCUGAUCUACCGAACCUUCUUGCCAGAAUUGUAAAACAGAAUGGACAUUUGGAUGGAGAAAGCAUUUAACAUAUUGAUAAGAUGCUGAAUCAAACAUCAUCACCUGCCUCACUUGCUUCGUAGGAAUAGUUAAUUACAUGCCAAGAGACACUUCUGGCAAGUGUCACUGAGACCAGCCUCUACUCCCCAAAACUUUUGUUUCUUAUGCUAGUUUUGGGAGGACUUCAGUUCUUCAAACAGAAGUAAAACAAUGUCAUCGGUUAAAGUUGCUGUAAGGGUACGUCCCUUCAACAGUCGGGAAAUUGCCCGAGACUCAACUUGUAUCAUUGAUAUGUGUGGAACAACAACCACUAUACAGAAUCCUAAACCUGGACCCAAGGACCAAAUGUACAAGAGCUUUAAUUUUGAUUAUUCAUAUUGGUCCCACACUGAUCCUUCUGAUCCUGAAUUUUCGUCCCAGACAAAAGUGUAUGAAGACAUCGGCCUGGAGAUGUUGGAUCAUGCUUUUGAAGGAUACAAUGUCUGUAUAUUUGCAUAUGGACAGACUGGUGCAGGGAAAAGCUACACCAUGAUGGGAAAGAAUGAAGACAGCCAACGUGGGAUAAUCCCACUGUUGUGUCAGGAUUUAUUUGACCGUAUCAAAGACAAUAAAACUGCCGAACAGAUGUACUCCGUAGAGGUCAGCUACAUGGAAAUUUACUGUGAGCGUGUACGGGAUCUUUUGAACCCCAGUAACAAAAACAACCUUCGCGUGAGAGAACAUCCAUUAUUAGGUCCAUAUGUCGAGGACCUUUCUAAACUGGCCGUACAAUCUUUUGAAGACAUUGGAAAACUCAUCGAUGAAGGCAACAAAGCCAGGACCGUUGCCGCAACAAACAUGAACGAAACCAGCAGCCGUUCACAUGCUGUCUUUACCAUUAUAUUCACCCAGAAAAAACUUGACCAAGCUACUAAGAUGGUUGGAGAAAAGGUGAGCAAAAUCAGUCUUGUAGACUUGGCCGGCAGUGAACGAGCUGAUUCAACCGGUGCCAAAGGAACCCGCCUGAAAGAAGGCGCCAACAUUAACAAAUCUUUGACGACCCUUGGAAAAGUAAUUUCUGCUCUGGCAGACGUGAGUGCUGAAGGGAUAAAGGUCAGCAGCAAGAAAAAGAAGAAAACAGAUUUCAUUCCUUACAGAGAUUCUGUACUAACAUGGCUUCUUCGAGAAAACUUGGGUGGAAACUCAAAAACUGCCAUGGUUGCUGCACUCAGCCCAGCUGACAUCAAUUUUGAUGAAACCCUCAGUACACUAAGAUAUGCCGACCGAGCCAAACAGAUCGUAUGCAAGGCUGUGGUCAAUGAAGAUCCAAAUGCCAAGGUUAUUCGUGAGCUCAAGGAAGAAGUUGCUCGUUUACGAGAACUUUUGGUUCAUGAAGGAAUUGAAAUAAAUGAAUGUAACACUCCAACUGGCCAAAAAGAGAUAAAGCGCACUCGUAAAGAAUCCAUGUCCACCGAUGGUGAUGACCCAGUGGAACGUCUUCAAUUGUCUGAGAAACUAAUGGCUGAACUCAAUGAAUCUUGGGAAGAAAAACUUCGUAAAACAGAAGCUAUUAGAAAAGACAGAGAAGCAGUUCUUGCUGAAAUGGGUGUAGCACUGAGAGAAGAUGGCGGUACCAUCGGCGUGUUUUCUCCAAAAAAGACCCCUCACUUGGUCAACCUGAAUGAGGAUCCUUUGAUGUCAGAGUGUCUUAUUUACUACAUCAAGGAUGGUAUUACGAGGGUUGGUCUACCAAAUACCAAGCAGCCCCCUGAUAUUCAAUUAAAUGGAACCCAUAUCAAAGAAGACCACUGUAUGUUUGAUAAUAAUGAAGGUACAGUUACCGUAAUUCCAAGCAAUGGAUCUAUAAUCUAUGUUAAUGGCCGCCAAAUCACUGAGCCAACCAUUCUGAAAGUUGGAGCUCGUGUAAUCCUUGGCAAAAACCACGUUUUUCGUUUCAACCAUCCAGUGCAAGCUCGUGAAAGCCGAGCCCUGAUGACUGAAAGUAUUACAGACCUCGAAAGUUUGUCUCAGAACCAAGAACCUGUUGACUGGACAUUUGCUCAACUUGAAUUGCUGGAAAAUCAAGGAAUUGAUCUGAGAAAGGACAUGGAACAGAGGUUGCUUGCCCUUGAAGAGCAGUAUCGGAAAGAGAAAGAAGAAGCUGACAUGCUUUUUGAACAACAAAGAAAGGACUAUGAGUUUCAAAUUCAUGCUUUACAAGAACAGGUUGAGAGACAUUCUAUGAUGUCCAGUUUCACCACCGAUGACUUCAAUGAAGAAGAAGACCAUCAAAUGGAAUGCACAUGGACUGACCAUGAGCGUCAAAUAGCCGUUUGGGCUUUUCGGAAAUGGAAAUACCAUCAAUUUACAUCCCUCAGAGAUGAUCUCUGGGGUAACGCUAUUUUCUUGAAAGAAUCCAAUGCCAUCAGUGUCGAACUUAACAAGAAGGUUCAAUUUCAAUUUGUUCUGCUGACCGACACCAACUACUCACCGUUGUCCUCUGAACUCUUGCCUCAAGAUGAGAGAGACAGUAACAGACCAUUUCCCAAGACCAUUGUGGCUGUCGAAGUGCAAGAUUUGAAAAACGGCGCUACUCAUUUUUGGAGUUUGGAGAAAUUGAGACAAAGACUGGAGCUGAUGCGAGAAAUGUACCACAAUGAGGCUGAGCUUUCCCCUACUUCACCUGAACCAAGCAUCGAUAACAUGACUGGUGGUGAUCCGUUUUAUGACCGCUUUCCCUGGUUUCGUCUUGUAGGAAGAUCCUUUGUAUACUUGAGUAACUUAUUCUAUCCGGUUCCUUUGGUACAUCGUGUUGCCAUUGUCAACGAGAAAGGAGAUGUGAAAGGAUACUUAUGUGUGGCUGUCCAAGCUGUGACAGAAAAAGAGGACACUGUUGAUUAUGCUCCAGGAAUCAAACAAUCUGGAAAUGCCAAAAUAUCUUUUGAUGACGAUAACUACUUUGAAAAGAAACAGUUGUAUAGCCCAAAACUUGCACAAGAUUGCAGUAAUUUGAAGAAAGCUGUUGAACUUCCACCGCAGGAGGAAGAACGUAUCGUUGAGGGCGAAGGUACCAGUCCAGAUUCUAAUGAAAUGCUUGAGGAAGGUAAAGUGAAUGUGGAUAAUACUCGUGAGUCUGCAGACUACUUCCCAGACAUUGCAGACAAGGAAUUGCCAGAACACCUGAAAAUAGGAUCUGUAUUUCAGUUCCGAGUUACAGUCUUAAAAGCAUCUGGUAUUUCUCCUGAAUAUGCUGAUAUAUUCUGCCAAUUUAACUUUCUCCAUAGACACGAUGAAGCUUUCUCCACUGAACCUUUAAAGAAUUCAGGGAAAGAACUUCCUCUCAGCUUUUACCAUGUUCAAAAUUUCACCGUUACAGUAACCAAGUCUUUUAUUGACUACAUCAAAAGUCAACACUUGGUAUUUGAAGUGUUUGGUCACUACCAACAACAUCCUCUUCAUGAACAAGCCAAAGAGAAUUUGUUGUGUUCUGGAAGCCCAUUAUACUCAAACAUCCGACGUCCCCCACGUCGCAGUUUUCCCAUGUCUCUGCCUGUAUCAAAACCAGUACCAUCACCAAAAUUCGGUGUCAUAACUCCACCCAGCGCUUCAGAAGCAAACAUACCACUUAAUUCUCUUGUAAUGGAGAUAAACAAAUCAUUAACCAAUUGUAGUCCCCUGGCUGUCCCCUCUGGCUGGACACUAGAUCCCAGUACUUCUCCAGUUCAUGCAAAAUACGACCUUUUGGUUUGGUUUGAAAUCUGCGAACUUGCACCCAAUGGAGAGUACGUACCCACAGUUGUAGACCAUUCUGACGACUUGCCCUGUGCCGGCACCUACCUUCUCCACCAGGGUAUACAAAGACGUAUCACCAUAACCAUUGUUCACGAGAAAGGACCAGACUUGAUAUGGAGGGAUAUCAAGGAACUUGUAGUUGGUCGUAUCAGAAAUACUCUGGAUUAUCGAGAUGUGGACAGCGAGAAUACUGUUCUGUCUCUGAGUCUCUUCCCUGCUCACUAUGUACAGCAACCCAAUGAUGAUAGGAUAUUUUUCCGGUUUGAAGCUGCCUGGGACAGUUCCCUUCACAACUCUCCUCUUUUGAACCGAGUGACUCCCUAUGGAGAGAAAGUCUUCAUGACAUUAUCUGCAUAUUUGGAGGUUGAUAAUUGUGCCCAGCCUGCCUACAUCACGAAAGACUUGUGUCUGCUUAUCCAUGCCCGUGACGGAAAACUAACUGCUCCAAGAUCCCUGCGUAACCUAUUUUCUGGAGGUUAUUCUCGCAAGGACACCAACAGACUAGGGGGGGUUUAUGAAUUGUUCCUACGCCGUUGCAACAAUUCUGGAAGUCCAGGUGUACAAAGACGUCAGCGUCGUGUUCUAGAUACAUCUUCCACCUAUGUUCGUGGGGAGGAGAACCUUAAUGGCUGGCGGCCCCGUGGUGACUCUUUAAUCUUAGAACACCAAUGGGAACUUGAGAAACUCACUCGACUGGAAAUGGUAGAGAAGGCACGGCACAUUCUCCUGUUGAGAAAGAAACUUGGUGAACAAAACAAAACUCAAGAGCUGAGCAAACUUGAUAAAGAUGCGUCCAACAUGUAUGCAAAAGCCAAGUCACAACGUGCCAAGGAAGAAGAGCUGAAAGGAGAUGAUGACAAAGACCUCUCCACUGAUGGAACUGAUAAGAAACUGAAAUUUUCCAAUCCCGGUGGACCUAUACCAGAUUUCGUCACUAAUGGCGACGCCAACAAGGAAUUGACAGCCAAAUGUCUACGACUCCUAUUACAAGGACGUCUACCCCUCAGCUCUCAGAACAAGCCUGUUACAGCAUUAAAUGAGAGUAUGGUUAGCAGUAACUCAGAUGAAGAUGAGACUGCCCCCAUGAGCAUGGACAACGUGAUGCAGGCAAGCACUAGCAGUAGUGUCCUCAACACCAGCCUGAACAAUAGCAACCAGAACUGUAGCAUGGACAGCAGUGUCACUUCAGAUAUUUUAAGUGUGUCAAUGCAUUCAGAAGGACAGCAAGCUGCUAAUGCUCACAAAUGGCCUACAUCUACUGAGACAAAAACCCAGUCGAAAUCUUGUGAAAGCUUAUCGUCAAUGGCCGAGAAUUCUGAACGCAAGUUCUCUUUGCCAUUGAAGACUAACAAGCCAGAGACUGACCAACAGUUAUUCAUUCCAGACAUUGAGGAAGUGAGGGUCAGCCCCAUAGUAUCGAGGAAAGGUUACCUCAACUUCUUGGAAGAGAAGACCAAUGGAUGGACAAAACGUUGGGUGGUUGUCCGUCGUCCUUAUGUGUAUAUCUACAACAAUGAGAAGGAUCCCGUUGAAAGGGGUCUGAUUAACUUAGCCACAGCUCAGAUUGAAUAUAGUGAAGAUCAACAAGCUAUGCUCAAGACUCGAAACACAUUCUCUGUAAUGACCAAACAUAGAGGAUUUUUCCUGCAAACUCUUGAUGACAAAGAUUUCCAUGAUUGGCUAUAUGCCAUCAAUCCACUUCUCGCUGGCCGAAUUAGGUCUAAACUGUCACGGAGGAAACAGUCGGUGAAAAUAUGAUCUGCAAUAAGUCCAGUACCUCGCAGCAGACAGCUUGGUCAGUUCUACAGCAAUGCCGCUGCCAUAUGCAGCCUUCUUAGAAGGAAGUUGAAAGCAAAACUGCAGUUCAAGCAAAACAAAUACAAGCACAUCACAAACCAAACUUAACUUAAAUGAAACCCCAUUAUUUGUGUAAUAUGUAGAUAAUAGACACACAUUAACACAACUAAACAUACAGACAAUAUAUUAUAUAUAUAUGGAUAUAUAUGUGUAUAAAUAUAUGCAUAUCUACAUUAUUUAUCUAUCUCUCUAUGGAUAUAUUUAUAUUAUAUAUAUUUACAUACACACACAUACACUUAGAGCCUGAUGAGUAUAUAUAUAUAUAUAUAUAUAUAUAUAUAUAUAUAUAUAUAUAUAUAUAUAUAUAUAUAUAUAUAUAUAUAUAUAUAUAUAUAUAUAUGUGUAUAUGCAUGUAUAUAUAUAUAUGUAUGUAUGUAUUGAUGAGUUGGGAGAGAGAAAAAGAAGGGAAUAUUUAUUUGGAUGUGUAUAAGAUGCAUAUACAUGCUCACACAGAUAUAGAUGUGUGUGUAUGUAUGUAUGUGUGUGUGUGUGUGUGUGUGUAUACACACACAUUUAUACAACCACACAUACACAAGAAAUUUAUGAUGAUUUAGCUCUGAAUAAUCUUGCAACAUAUAGAGACCCAUGUGUGGCUCCGUAUUUUUUUUUCUGGAACUUGCCUAUAUAUAUAUAUUAUAAUAUGCACACACACAUAUAAAUAUACAUACACACACAUGCCUACAUACAUUUACAUCCGCAUAAUGUUGGAAGAGAACAAGAAGGAAGUUAGUAGGUACAUGGAAGAAGUCUGCAAUGUAGUAACUAAAAUUUUAUUUUGGCACAGUGUCAGGUCUCUUCAGAUGGGUACUUUUAAUUAAAAUGAAAUGUGGGAGUUUUUAGAAUUACAUUUAGGUAGUUAUAUAUAUAUAUAUAUAUAUAUAUAUAUUUGAUCUAGAAUUUAGAUCCUAGCUCAAAGUUCCCUGAUGUAUUGUUACUAUAAUAUAGUUUAGAUUGAUGGUGGCUGAGUGCAAACUAUGUAUGUGCGUAUGUGUUAAAGAUAUUUGUAUGUGUUGUGGCCUUAAUUAUGCAAUAAAUCUCUCCCAUACAUGCACACACACACACACUAAUAUGCUUUUUAUUUCUUAGAUAAUUUAUUCAACACCCACCACACACACACACCAUGGUACUUUCAAUUUUCAGUUCCAAGAUCUUUUAUUUUUAUUUGCAUUUCAUUGAGAUUUAGCCAAAUAUGUGAUAUUCUAUCAAACUAAUAUUCAUAGAUGCACACACACACACACACACACACACAGAUAAACUAAUGCAUAUACACAUAUGCAUUGAUAUAUUUAUCUUUACUUUAUUAACACUUAUUUUUAGAAUAAUAAACUCCAUUUUAUCUCUCUUUCCCAA